AUGGGCCUUUGCACCCUCCCCUCACUCACCGCCAGCAACAGCAUUAAACAACGUCACACUGUAGAGAUGGCUGAAUUGACUGAGGCAGAAAAGCGCAGGCUGCUUAGGGAAAGGAGACAACAGAAGUUUAGCAAUGGAGGUGCCAGUUCCAGACUGAAUAAAAUCACCGGGCAGGCAAGCAGUCAUUUGAACGCAGAAUCUCCCUUGGAUGCUCCCAGCAUUCCAACGGGUACCCCGGUGGAGAGUUCUGGUGUGGCUACUCCAGCCAGCAAAAACGACAGCAGCGCGGCUCCUCAAUUUGACUUACUAAAGCAAUUAGCUGCCAUGCAGGGCCAAGGUCCGGGCUCAGGCUCAGGCUCCCCACCGGACUCUUCCACUCCUGAUUUGUUUUCCUUACUGAGCUCCAUGAAUACUGGUAUGCCGGGCGCAGAGGGCACACCAUCACUUGGUCAGGCGUCUCCUAUGGCUCCCAUCAAUCAAGCUGCCUUAGACUACCACGAUUACUUGCUCAAUAAACUGAAGGCAUGGACCAUUUUGGUGAAAUGGGUCUUCUUUUUAUUGCCCUAUCUGUUUCUACUUACAAGACCAAAUGCUGCGGUGUGGUCUGCUUUCGCAUUCGCUCAAUCGGCUUGGUUUGCGCCUUUGAGAAACCCAUCUAACUUCACCACUGUUUUCGCUACAUUUGAGUUUCUUUCUAUAUCCAUUUACUACCAACUGUUGAAAAAUGUGGAGCAUAAGAGUAAGAUUAGAAAUUUGCAAGAUACAAACAAACUGGUCAAGCUAGUUUCGCUUGUGCCCGAGGGGAUGAUUCCUAUCCCCAACCUGAAGGGCAAAAUAGUCACGGCUUUGCAAUAUUGGGAUCUGCUGUCCAUGCUCAUCACUGACAUUUCAUUCGUAUUGAUCAUGCUAGGCUUGUUGACGUACUUAUAG